AUGGACUACGAUUCUAUCGAUUACUUUUUCGAUGACGCUUCGAGUUUCCAUGCUGAACUCGACGAUAUACUACGAUUACCAUGCUGUACCAAGCAAGAUGCAGAACGCAUAACAACACAAUAUCUUAGAUUAUGGUCUCGUUUCCAAGACGAGUUUUGUCAAUCACAAACCGAACUCGCCCAUUGUGCAUAUCAAAUGAUCGAUUCGCAUUUGUUCUUGGAGCAUAGCACGACUAUCUUGAGCCACAUCACCCAAGCACAUGCACUCUCAGCAUCCGAUCCACAUGAUCUACGUAUUGCCUAUUCCUUGUUGAUCUACGCUGGCAAAGAAGACCCCCGAUGGAUGAAAUUUGUCGUAUCAGAUGCACGGCGCAACAAGCAAAAUCGUCUAUUUAGAAAAAUCAUCAACGAACCCAUCAUUGCCUCAUCCGUGGGCCUUGCGUUCGAAAUGUGCAAAGUAUCCAAAUUACGGCAAUCUGAUCUAGGCGUGGUAUCCUGUUCCUUCCUCAAUUCUCUGCUGGACAUGGUUGAAUCGAUGCUUCAGGAUGCCGAUGAAUCCUUCAAUUACGACAUUAUUCAAUUUAUUCUGGUGUUGAAUGAGCAAUACAUGAUGGCGGGUACACAAACGAAUCGUGUCCUGGAUAUGCUGGAAGAACGGAUGGGCACCGCUACUACUUUCAGUGCCAACUUAAUUUUCAUGCUUAAUCGGUCAGAUGAUGCCUGCGUCAAGCUCUUGAUACUCAAACUUCUCUACGGGAUCUUUACACGUCCAUCUCUAUACGAGUUUUUUUAUACCAAUGAUCUCUAUGUCCUUGUGGAUAUCAUGUUACGUGAAGUGUGUGAUCUUGGUGAGGAACGAGAAGCCGAAGCUCUCCGCGACGCUUACUUGCGAGUGCUCCGCCCAUUGCUCAUCAAUACACAACUAAGACGUACACCAUACAAGGAAACUGAAAUUCGUAGCACAUUAUGUGCCAUGAUUGCACCAUGCAACUACAGGAUCGUCAACCCAUCCACCAAUCGUCUUGUGGAGCGCAUUCUUGAAGAAUGGACACCAUCAUCAUCCACAUUAUUAGAUGUCAACCCUGCUCUCAUCAAUCGUACUCCAAGCCCAUACCCCAUGUUGCGUUCACCAGCGUCUUUUUCUUCUUCUUCAUCAUCUAUCCAAACACCAGACGACGAAAGGGACCAACAAGUCGAUACCACCGUACUUUGUGCAGAAGCAUAA